AUGUCCAGUGAACCAGACCCUCAACAUGAAAUUGAGGAAAACAUAGGUUCAAGUGUUGACGACACGGAUGAAGAUCCGGACUUUUUGCCAAGUGAAUCGGAUCAUGACAGUAGUGAUGAUGAAGGCGAGGCUACAAUGGAAAUAGAGACAAAUGAUAUGAACGGUGGCGAUUCUGGUGAAAAUGACGGAGAAGUGAUGAUGGAUGAAUGGACUGAAUUUAAAGGUAGGCAACAAGAAUUUCUUUUCACUUCUACUUCUGAGUACCAUUUAAAUAUUGCCAAUGAUGCUAAACCUGUAGACUAUUACUUAGCUUUCAUUACUGACGACAUUAUACAAAUGAUGGUCGUAGAGACUAAUAGAAAUGCCAGUAAAGUAUUGCGAGAAACGAGGUUGAACCGAAGUAGUAGACUUAAUAAAUGGGCUCCCACAGAUGAUGUAGAAAUGUGGAAGUUUAUUGGUAUCCUCAUAUGGAUGGGCUUGUCUAAUCAUCCCCGCAUAACAGACUACUGGUCUGGCAACAUUUUGUAUAAGAAUACUGUUGCUUCUCAAGUUAUGAGCCGAAACCGUUUCCAGCUAAUGCUACGCUUUUGGCAUUUUAACGAUCAUGCUGCUGAGGAACGUGAUGGGCGUAUCGCAAAGAUUUUGCCCCUAAUUUCUAAGAUGAACGACAUUUUUUUGAACAAGAAAUCUGCUGGCCAAGAUCUCGUAAUAGACGAGAGCAUGAUUCCCUUUAGGGGCAGACUGUCAUUUCGACAGUACAUACCCAACAAGGCCCACAAAUAUGGCCUAAAGAUUUUCAAACUUUGUGACCAGCAAGGGUAUACCUAUUGUAUAAAAGUUUACAUGGGUAAAGGGACCAUCCAGAAUGAAAAUAAUGAAUUAGUUUUCAACCUCAGUGGUCAUGGAACUCAUGGAACAUAA